GCAUGCAGCCUACCUCCCUCUACGUUGACAGAUAGCGACACAAUCACUACACGAUUUACCGAGGGACCCUGAGGACACGUCGUUUGCGAUGACGAGCACUCACACUCCUGGCACACCUACUGAACGCUCACGACUCGUCGACCAGCGUCAUCGCAGGCUAUACAGUGGCCAUCGGUCAAAGUCGUUCUAUGCGAGCGAUGUAAACGAGCUCGUGGAGUUGCGUGCUCGCCAAAGGACCUUUGACGGGGCAUACAGCCGCACCGCCAUGGGCAACCUCGGCUAUGCUCUCACAAUCUUACGACUGUUCGACCGCCGUUUCUACAAGAUCGGAGUCCUGUACACCGCCUCCGCAGGAAUGAUAUUCGUCAUCGCGUUCAUCCGCCAGCGGCACUCGCGCCACGACUUUGCCGACAAGUACAAGAAUCCCGCUGCGUGCGGCAGCGCCAUCAAGACUGUCGGCCAGACUGGCAAGCGUGUCUUUGGGCGGCCUUUCGUCACUGCAGGGUGGAUCGUUGCGCUGCUGUCUCUGGUGGUGUUCGCAGUGGAGGUCAGCUUGUUGGUACUCAUAUUCAGGCUAUGAAACUGCUCUUCAGCGGUGCGGCGUGCUGUGACGUGACGGAUGGUGGACACUCGGGAUGCCGUAGUGGCUGCGGCACGGGUUGCCACCGCUCCGAGUCUCAGAAAUAGCCACGAAGGCUGCAUAAGUGUGAUGACAUAACGCAGUGCCGAAGUCCAUAUGCCACACAUCACAGAAUUCGCUCUCAAGUGGUUUGAAGGCUGCACUGCGCUUUGGGCUGUGUCCGUACGUGGACCAUUGACAUCAAGUCAAGCGUGUCUCAGCACUGAAACGACGUUCGGAAUGUCAUAAAGCGCUUCGGAAAAUCUGACUGCGCAGUUGUCUUCCUUAAUACAUGAGUAUGUAAGUAGGGAUGUCAGCCGGAGAAUGUU